UGACGCAGAGGCGCCGCUCCGCGCGGCAUGAGGGGCCGGCCGCCGCCGCCGCCGCCGGGAGAGCCGUGUGUGCGAGAGCGGCGGGCUGUGUGAGAGCUCGGCUGCACUUCCCUCCGGAGCCGCGGCGGGCGGAGCAGGUCCCAGGGACCCCGGCCGGGGAGACUCCGAGCGCUCGGCAACAUGGCUUCCCCGCCCCACCAGCAGCUGCUGCAGCACCACAGCACCGAGGUGAGUUGUGACUCCAGCGGAGACAGCAACAGCGUGAGGGUCAAAAUCAACCCCAAGCAGCUGUCCUCCAACAGCCACCCCAAACACUGCAAGUACAGCAUCUCCUCCAGCUGUAGCAGCUCCGGAGACUCAGCGGGGGUCCCCCGGAGAGUGGGCCCCGGAGGCCGCCUGCGCAGGCAGAAGAAGCUGCCCCAGCUGUUCGAGAGGGCCUCCAGCCGGUGGUGGGACCCCAAGUUCGACUCUGUGAACCUGGAGGAGGCUUGCAUGGAGCGCUGCUUCCCGCAGACCCAGCGCCGCUUCCGGUAUGCGCUCUUCUACAUUGGUUUUGCCUGCCUUCUCUGGAGCAUCUAUUUUGGGGUCCACAUGAGAUCCAAACUGAUUGUCAUGGUAGCCCCUGCUCUGUGCUUCCUCGUGGUGUGUGUGGGCUUUUUUCUCUUUACCUUCACCAAGCUGUAUGCCAGGCAUUACGUGUGGACCUCGCUGCUUCUCACCCUCCUGGUGUUCGCCCUGACCCUGGCUGCCCAGUUUCAGGUUUUGACGCCUCUCUCAGGACGUGUUGACAGCUCCAAUCAUACUCUCGCAGCCAAGCCCACAGACACUUGCUUAUCUCAAGUGGGGAGCUUUUCCAUGUGCAUCGAAGUGCUCUUUUUGCUUUACACCAUCAUGCACUUACCUUUGUACUUGAGCUUGUUUUUGGGAGUAGCCUAUUCUGUUCUUUUUGAGACCUUUGGCUAUUAUUUCCGAGAUGAAUACUGUUUCCCCUCACCUGGAGCAGGGGCCCUGCACUGGGAGCUGCUGAGCCGAGCCCUGCUCCACGUCUGCAUUCACGCCAUCGGGAUCCACCUAUUCAUCAUGUCCCAGGUGAGAUCCAGGAGCACCUUCCUCAAGGUGGGACAGUCAAUUAUGCACGGAAAGGAUCUGGAAGUGGAAAAAGCCCUGAAAGAGAGGAUGAUUCAUUCUGUGAUGCCGAGAAUCAUAGCUGAUGACUUGAUGAAACAGGGGGAUGAGGAGAGCGAGAAUUCUGUCAAAAGACAUGCCACCUCCAGCCCUAAGAACAGGAAGAAAAAGUCUUCCAUACAGAAAGCCCCUAUUGCAUUCCGCCCAUUUAAGAUGCAGCAGAUCGAAGAAGUCAGUAUUUUAUUUGCAGAUAUCGUGGGCUUCACCAAGAUGAGUGCCAACAAGUCUGCUCACGCCCUGGUGGGUCUCCUCAAUGAUCUGUUUGGUCGCUUUGACCAGUUGUGCGAAGAGACCAAGUGUGAGAAAAUCAGCACCCUGGGAGACUGCUACUAUUGUGUGGCAGGGUGCCCCGAGCCCCGGGCUGACCAUGCCUACUGCUGCAUCGAGAUGGGCUUGGGCAUGAUAAGAGCCAUCGAGCAGUUCUGCCAGGAGAAGAAGGAGAUGGUGAACAUGCGCGUCGGGGUUCACACAGGGACUGUCUUGUGUGGCAUUUUGGGCAUGAGGAGGUUUAAAUUCGACGUGUGGUCCAAUGAUGUGAACUUGGCCAAUCUCAUGGAGCAGCUGGGAGUGGCUGGCAAGGUUCACAUUUCUGAGGCCACCGCAAAAUACCUAGAUGAUCGGUACGAAAUGGAAGAUGGGAGAGUUACUGAACGCCUUGGCCAGAGUGUUGUUGCUGACCAGUUGAAAGGUUUGAAGACAUACCUGAUAGCGGGUCAGAGAGCGAAGGAGUCUCAUUGCAGCUGUUCAGAGGCCUUGCUUUCUGGCUUUGAGGUCAUUGACGGCUCACGGGUGUCCUCGGGCCCUAGGGGACAGGGGACAGCAUCGCCAGGGAGUGUCAGUGACUUGGCGCAGACUGUCAAAACCUUUGAUACCCUUAAGACCUGCCCUUCAUGCGGAAUCACGUUUCUUCCCAAAUCGGAAGCUGGUGCAGAAGGAGGAGCUGUGCAAAAUGGCUGUCAAGAGGAGCAUAAAAACAGCACCAAGGCUUCUGGAGGACCUAACUCCAAAACGCAAAAUGGACUUCUGAGCCCUCCGCAGGAGGAGAAGCUCACCAACAGUCAGACCUCCCUGUGUGAGAUGUUACAGGAGAAGGGAAGGUGGACAGGUGUGAGCUUGGACCAGUCAGCUCUCCUUCCACUGAGAUUCAAGAACAUCCGGGAGAAAACAGAUGCCCAUUUUGUUGAUGUUAUCAAAGAGGACAGCCUGAUGAAAGAUUAUUUUUUUAAGCCACCCAUUAAUCAGUUCAGCUUGAACUUCCUGGAUCAGGAGCUAGAGCGAGCCUACAGGACCAGCUAUCAAGAAGAGGUUAUAAAGAAUUCUCCUGUGAAGACUUUCGCCUGUGCCACCUUCAGCUCCCUCCUGGAUGUGUUUCUGUCCACGACAGUGUUUCUGAUUCUCUCCAUCACCUGCUUCCUGAAGUACGGGGCCACUGCCACGCCUCCCCCGCCGGCCGCCCUGGCUGUCUUCAGCGCGGCCCUGCUGCUGGAGGUGCUGUCCCUCGUGGUCUCCGUCAGGAUGGUGUUUUUCCUGGAGGAUGUGAUGGCUUGUACCAAGCGCCUGCUGGAGUGGAUAGCUGGGUGGCUUCCGCGCCAUUUCAUCGGCGCCAUCCUGGUGUCCCUCCCCGCUCUCGCAGUGUAUUCACACGUCACCUCCGAAUUUGAGACAAACAUACAUUUCACUGUGUUCAUGGGCUCAGCUGUCCCCAUCACUGUCGUGCACUACUGUAACUUCUGCCAGCUCAGCUCCUGGAUGAGGUCCUCCUUAGCUACCGUCGUUGGGGCCGGGCCCCUGCUACUGCUCUACAUCUCCCUGUGCCCGGACAGUUCCAUGGUAAUUUCACACCUUGAUGCAGUGCAGAAUUUCAGUUCCCAGAGGCAUCCGUGCAAUAGUUCCUUGCUGCAUGACAGCAGGAGACCAGCCAGCCUGAUUGGCCAAGAGGCGAUUCUUGUCUUCUUUCUCCUGCUCUUGUUGGUCUGGUUCCUGAACCGAGAAUUCGAAGUCAGCUACCGCCUUCACUACCACGGGGGCGUGGAGGCAGACCUACACCGCACCAAGAUCCAGAGCAUGAGGGACCAAGCCGACUGGCUGCUGAGAAACAUCAUCCCCUACCACGUGGCUGAGCAGCUGAAGGUUUCCCAGACCUACUCCAAGAACCACGACAGCGGAGGAGUCAUCUUCGCCAGUAUCGUCAACUUCAGUGAGUUCUACGAGGAGAACUAUGAGGGAGGCAAGGAGUGCUACCGGGUCCUCAACGAGCUGAUUGGGGACUUCGAUGAGCUCCUGAGCAAGCCGGAUUACAGCAGCAUCGAGAAGAUCAAGACCAUCGGAGCCACAUACAUGGCCGCGUCGGGGCUGAAUGCCACACGGUGCCAGGAUGGCAGCCACCCGCAAGAGCACCUGCAGAUCCUGUUUGAGUUUGCCAAGGAGAUGAUGCGUGUGGUGGAUGAUUUCAACAACAACAUGCUCUGGUUCAACUUCAAGCUCAGAGUUGGCUUCAACCAUGGGCCCCUCACGGCAGGGGUCAUUGGCACCACCAAGCUGCUGUACGACAUCUGGGGGGACACCGUCAACAUCGCCAGCAGGAUGGACACCACGGGGGUGGAGUGCCGCAUCCAGGUGAGCGAAGAGAGCUACCGCGUCCUGAGCAAGAUGGGCUACGACUUUGACUACAGAGGGACGGUCAACGUAAAGGGGAAAGGUCAGAUGAAGACCUACCUUUACCCAAAGUGCAUGGACAACGGGGUCGUGCCGCAGCACCAGCUGUCCAUCUCCCCAGACAUCCGAGUCCAGGUGGACGGCAGCAUCGGACGGUCUCCCACAGACGAGAUUGCCAACCUGGUGCCUUCUAUACAGAACUCAGACAAGACGUCUCUGGGUUCUGAUAACAAUACACAGGCCAAGGACACUCACCUGUCCUCUAAGAGACCCUGGAAAGAGCCUGUCAAAGCCGAAGAAAGGUGUCGAUUUGGCAAAGCCAUAGAGGAGAGCGACUGUGAAGAAAUGGGGAUGGAAGAAGCCAAUGAGCUCACCAAGCUCAACGUCUCCAAGAGUGUGUGACGCAGCGCCGCGCGCUGCCCGCGGUGCUCUGCUCCUCGAAACACAAUCAUAUCUGUAUUUGGCUGUUGUGUGCUCCAAGCACCACAGGUUCCAUCCCCGGACGUGGUGUCAUGUGGUCAUUGCAGCCCUAACAUCUGUGUGGAUCACAGUUAUUCAGGGUUCAUUUUCAUCCAUUUCUUUCCUUUUUCUCCCCUUGGUGUCACACUCGGCGUGGAGGAGAACAAGUGCCUUCAGGGGCUGGCCAUGGCCUCAGAGUCCAGGGACAGAGGCCACCAGUGGAGAUCAUGGCAUUGAGUAUUGUUGGACUUUUAAAACAAAAGCUGUGGUUAAGAUAUCAUGUUUAUUGCUUUUUCUCACGAGACACUUUUUUUUUGCUAAUACAAUAUUUUUGAGGUUUAUUUUUUCUGUAUACAUAAUAGUGUUUUCCAGUGACAUGACCUUUCUGUGUAAGCACAUACACGCACACACACUUGCAUUUAUGAAUCUGAGAUCAAGUGCCAGUAACUCCCUGGGAGGGGACGUUCGGGGGCGUGGGCUGAGAAUGGCAGUCCACAGUCAGCCAGGCCGCCCAGCCCCUUCCCACCUGCGCCUUCCAGAGCUCCUGGGCCUCGUGGGCUGUGGCCGCACCACUCCCCACACCUGGCGCCUUUAGGGCUUCCUCCACAUGCAGGCCAAGAGUCCAAAUGCUAACCGGUAACAAAGCUUGUGAACCAGGCCUCAGGUAUUUAAAAGCUGUUUUCCAUUCUGCCUCUGCACCGAGGAGUCUUCCAGCUGGGAGCAAAGGGGUUUGUCUUUGAAGCUGACUCGUCUGAGAGGGAAACUCAAAAUAAACGUCUGAGGGUUGCAUUAAUUUAUUUAUUUAUUUAUCAGGAAAUGUUUGUUUUGGGGAGGGGGUGCUGGGUCAUGCUGGUGAAGGGAAGUAGGCUCCGGGCUCUGCAGAGGGUACAGCAGAAG